CACCACACGCAUGUAUGUCGCACGCACGCAUGCCGUCCUUAAAUGACCUUAGCUGUUAAUAGACCGUUAAACAAAAUAAACCAAACCAUUUUUUCGGAGAAAUAUUAACUUCGCCCUUGAAAACUUCAGUCACUCGUGUUGAAAUUAUUUUAGGUGGGUCAUUUGAUUUCAGUCAUUGAACGUCAAACUGAUCAUACAUUGAUGUAGUGAAAUUAGAUUUUCCCAUCAUAUUCAUGACUUGUAAACGGACGAAGAAAUCAACAACCAGAUGAUUAUCGAACAUUACAUGAUUUAUUUCGUUUCUGUGUAGACACCUAUAUGCUGGAAUACAGCACAAGGUAACGCACAUUCAAUCCAUACCUAUCACAUUAAAUACUAAUAUCCAAACCUAUCGCAUUAAAUACUAAUAAGAGUUAUGCGAAAAUAUUAACAUCAGAUAAGAUCCCAAAUUAUGUUGCCUGUUACGAUCAAUACAAGGUACAGCAGGUACGGGUCUUACGCCCUACCUACAGAGCAACGGGAUCUAUAAAGCCGAGCAAAAUAAUACUGAAAGUGUAUAAUUUAGUUUCAUGGUUCGAUUUUAUGUCGUUGUCUAAGUAUAAUGUCUUGGACUGUUCGAGGCUGGUGUAGAAAAAAACCAUACAUAAUGUAAACAUCGUUAUACUUACUUAACAUACCAUGCCCAAUGAAUAACGUUUGUUUUAAUAUAGUCCCGGACAUAGGAUGAAAGUAUUGAUUUCAUUUAAUUACCCAUCGUUCAGUCACACGACAACAAGCAGAUAGGUUAUUGAUUGCGAACACUUUGGAUGUGAUUGAAAUAAGAUCCAGGCGAUCACAUCUUCUAACUAUGAAGAAAAGAUGCCUAAAUUCACCUACUUGAAGCAUGGCUUCUGUUGACGAUGGUGGAGAUGGUAUGCUGCGUCGUAGUUCCUUGUGACUCGAACCUCGUGUCCGGUCCAUUCGGAGUUGAAGAUUUUGCCCUCACGGGAAAGUUGCCUUAUCACAUUGAUGGACGAUGCCACCCAAAGUAUGCCAGAUUGAAUUCACCGUAUACAUACGCUUUUAUCGGAAGUUAUCUUCAGGUCAUGCUGAGGAAACCAUCAAAGAUAACUGGAUUUGUGACUCGAGGAAGACAUGGAAUGCGUCAAUUUGUCAGAACCUACAAGGUCCAAUACAGUGACGAUGGUACCAAGUGGAAGGAGGUCAAGGACAGCCAUGGAGCUGUCAAGAUAUUUACUGGCAACAAUAACGCUUGGGGGUAUUCUUCCUCAACACUUGACGCCCCAAUCGUUGCUUUGUUCAUCCGGGUGAUACCAGUGACUUGGUAUGUGUCACGUGCGUUCCGUUUUGAAAUUCGUGGGUGCCCAAUUCCCAAUGCAGGAAACCAGACAUGCUGGAAGGCAAACAGAGCGACGGGUAUACCCACUUUUGACAUGUUCAGUACAACAAGGACCAACCUGGGCGAGUGUGGAAAGGAAUGUCACAACGAGAAAGAGUGUCACGCCUUCACCUUCAAUCAUGGAUCCGGUCUUUGUCAAGGUCAUAGUCACAGUAACUACCUGAAUGUCAUCAUGCACCCGGUAGAUAGCGCUGCUACUACAGGUAGUUCUUCACUAUUGUUUGUGAAGCGGGAGACGUGCCCGUAAGUUUGGAAAUUCUCCAUGUUAACGGGGCGUUGAGCAAUGUAGCAAAACAGCAACAGCAACAAAAGAA